AUGGGGGCCGCGACGAAGAUUCUGGGCAUCAGAGUUUGGCACGGUGGCGCCAUUGACGCCGUCCAGGUCAUGUACGAGAUAUCUCUCCAGGAAGGGGAGUUCCUCACAUCAAUAUCAGGCUACUACGGUAACUUCGGCGACCUGAACGUCGUCCGUUCGCUUACUUUCGGCACCAAUGUUAGCACGUACGGACCCUACGGUGCUGAAGAGGGAACCGCGUUCUCCGUUCCCGUGGAAGACGGAAAGAUCACUGGAUUUUUCGGUCGAUCCGGUGCGCUCCUCGACGCGGUCGGCGUCUACCUGGGACCAAACUAG